CUGGUGAGGGGGUUGAGUGGGCUCCCCGCCAGGUAUUUCUGUAGGGUCAAAUUUGUUCUCAACAGCGUUUUCACAAUCUGUAGAACCUUCCUGGACUUGCUCCGCCCUGCUCAUGAUUCACAGAUUGUCAUAAUGCACAAUAACUUUACCACAGCUGCCACAAGAAGCAGCGGUGAUGCAGCAGCGUCAAUCACAACUUGUAGUCAUUUAUUUUUCAUGUUUGCUUUAACUCAUCUUGUUUGUUUCCAGUAUUUUUUUUGGUGAAGAAGAUGAUGAAGAUGUUAAUAUUUGUGAGUCGGUUGUUUUUUAGAUAGGAAUAGAUUAGUAGAUUUUUUAGUUUGUUUGCAAAGAAUAGUUAUUAGAAUGAUGUAGAUUAGGACAACGAAAUGUGAAGAAUAGUGAAUGAUAAGUUAAGUUAAUGCUAAGUGACAAGGAUGCGCGAGACGCUACUGCCAAUGAUGCGGAGGUUUCCACACACAAAAGUGGUGAAAAUUGUUCGGAAAAAGCAGCUGAAGACGAAGAGUUCUCCAACUUAAAUGAGGUUAAUAGUGCCAAGAUUGAGGUAGCAGUAGAUGAUGAGACCAUGGCUGAGCAUCUUGAUAUUGCUGAGGAGAGCGUAGUGGAAGAUAACGAGAAGAACUAUGAGAGCACAGUCAUUAAAAUGGAAAUCAAUAUACCAUCAAAAGUAGAGACGCUAGCUAGAAAAGAUUUGAUUAACGACAAUAAGAGCGGAAUUUUCACCAGAAAAGAAUCAAUGCAAGCUUUCUUUUGAUAGGAAGACCAUGAAUGUAGACGAGAAAAAGAUGUGUGCAAGAAAAAAGUAUUCUGCCCCCGUUUCCGAAUUGACGGAGGAAGGUGAGAAUUGUGAUGGCAAAAUCAAAGCCAGAGAAGUAGAGUAGGUUGUCCAGAUCGAAGCUGAGGAGGUAGUCAAAGAUAUGAUCAGCAAUAGCAAAGCCAAACCCAUGCAGGUUGAGAGGCAGUGUAAAAACACAACCAGGUACAAUGAGGAAGAUAUGGCAAGUGAAAGCACGAUAAUAAAGAGAAGAAUAUGCUCAGCGAUAGCAAAGUCAAACCCAUGCAGUAGGCCUCCGCAAGAUGCUUCUCGCCACGCUCCCAGCUUAUCAUGAACAUGUGAGGUUUUAUGAGAACACGCUGAUUACAAAGUUCUUUGGACUUCAUCGGGUUAAGCCUUAUGGCGGUUAAAAGGUUGAGAGUAAAUGCAAAAGCACAAUCAAGUACAAGGAGGAAGAUACGGCAAGUGAAAGCACAAUAAUAAAGAGAAAAAUUUGAUGGAGG